AGCAUACAUAUGUUAUACACAUUCAUAUCCAGAAAACGUCCUCUUCCUGAUAAACAAUGUUUUCCUUUUAAGCUAUCCUUUCAAAUUAUCAAAUUUGACAUGAUAAUGCUAGUUUUAGUCCCUGGUUAAUCCCUCUUAUCAUCAUCAUCUCUGCUUUUCUAGUCUCACAGAAAAGAUUCCUCUCAAAUGCCAGGAACCAUCCAAGUUUCAGUUCUGGAUUUCAAGGGCCUCCAUUCAUCAUCAUCAUCAUCAUCAUCAUCAUCAUCAAAAGUAUCAAUAAAAGUUUCCAAGGGAAAAAUAGAGUACCAGACUUGGGACAAAGGGGAAUUCUCAUUUCCAUUGACAACCCUUCGUGACAAUUUGAUUAUAACAAUACAAGAUGCAGAGGGAAACGAGAUUUCUCAUGCAGGACUUGAAACCAGAUUGGUGGUUGAGAAAGGUGUUUGGGAUGACAUAUUUCACCUUGAAGGAGGUGGGCAUGUUCAUAUGAAGUUGCAGUUUUUCCUCAAUGAAGAAGAGCGCCAGCGAAUUCGGAUAAUGAGGGAAUCUGCACUGAAGAAGAAACAUGAAGAGCUUUGUAAUAGUGGCCAUGGAAGUCCCAAAAAUGCUUCUGUUAGUUUUAGUGAAGCCAGUCAACUGUCUGUCCCCUUAAACAACCCCAAGGAUGCCAAAUUUGAUAUCGACAACAGAGACAGAAGUUAUUCUAUUCAGAAGCAAAAGAGCACAGAUUCAGUUCCUUCAGAACUAGAGAAGCAUAAUAACUCAAAGAAUCAGCAUGAAGAGCUUCGUGAUAGCGGUCAUGGAAGUCCCAACAAGGCUUCUGUUAGUUAUAGUGAAGUUUCAGGAUCAAAAGAAAGUUCAUUCCGAAGUGGAUUGCUAGCCAAUGAAGCCAAUCAAGUGUCUGUCCCCUUAAACAACGCCAAGGAUGCCAAUUUCGAUAUCACUAGCAGAAACAGAAGUUCUAUUCAGAAGCAAAAGAGCACAGAUUCAGUUCCUUCAGAACUAGAGAAGCGCAAUAACUCGAAGAAGCCGAGACCUGCAGAGAAAGGCCAUAGCAAUGUAAAGAACAUGAUAAAUGCAUUUGAGGGUAGUCUAUAUCAGGAUGUGAGACCUUCUAUUAAACCACCACCGAAAAUAUCUCAGACGAGAAAGAUAGGAGCCAACUCUUUUCUAGUAAAUUCACAUCUCAAUGAAGCUGAGACAGAAAAGAUCAAACCGCCAAAGGUAACAUUAGGAACAAUCAAUAGGGAAAAAGUGCAGACAUUUGGUUCAGUGGAACCUAUAUAUGGGGCUGCACCAUCCAAAGAAAGUGAGCAGUUGAAGGAUAAAUUUAAAGUUAAACAAAGAGAAAGUGUUGUGAAGGAAGAGAAGAAAUAUUCCAAAGAUUUCAAGAGAGCAUCAAUAACAGAAAAAGGCGAAUUUUCUCAAAGAAUCUUUGACAAGUAUUCAAAAGGUAACCAAUCUUGGAACCUGUUUUCUGCAAAGCAACACUCUAGAAGAAAAUCGGUAACAAAGGAGGGUAGAGAAGAAAAUUUUCAAAAGGAUCCACGAGAAGCUGAAGGAACUUCAAAUGGAAAACGAAAAUCAGUGGCUAUUUGGAGUAAUCACCAUUGUUCCAUUGGUAGCUCUGGCCUCUGGAUAUUUCCAGGUGAAGCGAAAUGCUCAUGCAUAACAACUGGGGCCAAACAAACAAUGGAUCAAAUGGGAGGUUUUUGCGAUGAAGCAAAUACCCACCAAAUAAAUUUGAGUUCUUGUGAUCCAAAAAGCACAGGAGAGGCUAAUGAUGCUGAUGCUGGCACUGCUGUUGUGGAGAAUGAAGAUGGGAAGACUUCUGAAAAGUUAGUACGAAGGGUUGAGACUUCCAUGAAUCCUGAGGAAUCCAUUGGACCUUUUGGAAAGGUGAUUAAAGUCGUAGUCAUGGCGGGCUUUGCAACUUUGGUUCUCCUAACAAGAACAUACAGAUGAAGUCAGCUGCUAAGAAAUUUGUUUCCACAUUUGAUCCUUUUCUUCUAUUUUCUAGACUUAAUCCUCUUCCAGUACAACAAAUGCUAAAGGAGCAUGUUCAGUUAUCGAUUGUAGUUCUGAGUUUACUUGGAGGGGGUCGAUAUCACCAGGUUCUAUAAUGGUUCAAACCUGGAGUACUAAUAAAACGAAUGGUAUACUUAAAGCACCGAGAUAAAAGAAAUGUAAAUUUGUUAUCAAUUUUCCACCUUUUCCAUUCUUCAAAGGUAAAUUUUACCGUUUGUAAUUAUAUUAAAAUUGCAUCAUUUUCAUCCUUAGUGAAUAAUUUGCUCAUAUUCAUGCAUAAA